AUGAGUAAUGAACUGGGCGACGUGUCGGAACUUGAAAAUAUAAUAAUGAACCAUGAAGCUUUCGGAAAACCACAUCCAAAUAUUUUACAUCUGUUGAGUUGGUUCCAUGAUGAGAGACGCAUUUACCUUGUUGUGGAGUUUGCUGCUGGUAGAGAAUUAUACAAACACCUCACAAGCGCACCUAACGGCCGUUUUACAGAAGCAAAGGCUGCUAAAUACAUUUAUCAAGUUACAGAUGCAGUUGAGUAUUGUCAUCAACACCAUGUUAUACAUAGGGAUAUUAAACCAGAAAAUAUUUUAGUUGCUUUAAACGGUGAUCUCAAACUUGCUGACUUUGGCUGGUCGGUGCAUGCUCCUUCGGAAAGACGGAAGACUAUGUGUGGAACCUUGGACUACCUACCACCCGAGAUGAUAAGAAGAGAAAUUUAUGAUGUAUCAGUUGAUCACUGGUGCAUUGGAGUGUUAUUAUACGAAUUCCUAGUGGGUAAACCACCAUUUGAGAGUGAAGGCCAGGACAAGACAUAUUCAAGAAUUCUUGCUGUAGACAUGACAUACCCUGAACAUGUCUCAGAAGGUGCUAAGGAUCUAAUAUCUAAGCUUAUCUCCUAUCAAAGUAAAGAAAGGUUGUCCAGCUAA